GGGAGUUGCGAGCGAGGAGGAACUAGGAUGAGUUCACGGGAGGAUGAGGCAUAGAAAGAGUCCGAGGGUUUGUCUGCUGGAUGCAGGAGUCAGUCACUCGUAUACUCUGCGGUGAGGUGAGUAGCUUCUGCCCCCCCUUCCGAGCUCACUGAAGAAUGUCGGCCGGGAAGCCGGUGAUCGUGGUGCAUGGCGGUUGCGGGGUAUAUCUGCCGGAACUUAUGGAGGGGUCAGUCCUGGGAGUGAGGGCUGCUGCUCUCAAGGGCUUUUGUGUCCUUCAACAGGGAGGCAGUGCCCUGGACGCUGUGGAGGUGGCCACGGUGGCCCUGGAGGACAACCCUCUCUUCAACGCAGGCCAUGGAGCCGUGCUGAAUGAGCGCGGCGAGAUAGAGUUUGAUGCCAUUAUAAUGGAUGGAAAAAGCCUCAAUGCAGGAGCUGUCUCGGCUGUCAAGAACAUCGCUAAUCCCAUCAAACUCGCUCGGCUGGUUAUGGAAAAGACCAAGCAUGUGAUGCUGACAGAUCAAGGAGCCUCACAAUUUGCCAAGGCGAUGGGCAUCCCUGAGGUCCCGAUGGAGUCCUUGAUUACCGAGAAGGCCAGAAAGCAAUGGGAAACCAACCUGGCUCCCGACGCCAAUCCUGUGGCCUCACAAAUAGGACUGGGGACGGUUGGAGCCGUGGCGAUGGAUUGUGAAGGGAACCUAGCCUGUGCCACCUCCACUGGAGGAAUAACCAACAAGAUGGUGGGGCGUGUGGGUGACACUCCAUUAAUAGGAUCCGGGGGCUACGCUGAUAACUGCCUCGGAGCCGUGUCUACCACAGGCACAGGGGAGGCCAUUAUGAAGAUGGUCCUGAGCAGAUUGAUCCUGUUUUACAUGGAGCAAGGUAUGACCCCAGCACAGGCCGCUGAUGUGGGGUUGCAGUAUAUGCUGGACAGGGUGCAUAGCCCAGACGACUGCAUUUGACCUGAAAGCCUCAGCAGAACAGACAGUGUGAAUGAAGAUCACACGGUUCAACCACUGCACUGUGUGUGUGUGCUCUGCAUGUGUAUGCAUAUUCAUGCACAUUCGCUUGUCCUGUGGCUAUGCAAAUGAAUGCAAAUGUGUGUAGGUGCAUGUUGCCCGGUGUGGGUGUGUGGCAUGUAUGUGUGCAUAUAUGCUUGCACACGUGUGCAUGUUACUCCUCUUGAUAGUUUUAUCAACAAACGCAACUUGCAUUUAUUUAGCGCUCUUCACGAGAUCCUCUCACUCGUCUACAAAUCCCUUCACGUUCUGGUGCCUCCCUACCUUUCUGACCUGCUUUCUCCCUCCUCCACUACCUGAUGUCUCGGUUCGACAGGUUCUAGCCUCCUACUUGUCCCUCAUUCCCUCCGCUCCACCAUCGGCGGCCGCAUAUCCAGCUACUACACCCUGAAGCUUUGGAACUUUCUCCCCCCCAAUCCCUCCGCCUUGACCCUCCCCUCCCCACUUUUAGAAUAUGACUGAAGACCUUCUUCAUUGACUGUGCUUACGGUCACGUCCUCCCUCCCCCCGGCUCGAUGUUAGGCUCCGCCACUGUUAAGCGCUCUGAGACGCUGUCCUACGUGAAGGGAGUUAUAUAAAGUUGUUGUUUUUAACUCAGUUGAACCCAAUAGCCUCUUUCUGCUAUUCCAUAAGUAUCUGUAAUUAACCUUGACUAAAGAUUUAAUUAAAAAAACAAGUAACAAUUAA